AUGAUUCCCAACCUUGCAGUUACACUUUUAUUACUUGCUAAUUCGAUUCUUGCUGUUGAUAUCACUCUGAACAGAGUUGAUCAUGGUACAGUUCAGAACAUCAAUGGUAAUGUCAGAAUUCAUUCUGGUGCUUACUGGUCUUUGAUCGACAAUUCCCUUACUACUUUCACUGGUGGGUUACAAGUUGAUUCUGAUGCUGGCUUGUACAUUAAACUGAAUGGUCCUGUUUUGUCGCUUAACGUUAACUUGGCUAGUUUGAUUGACCCAGUAUUGAACGAUGGUAUCAUUUCAUUUGACUCUCGUAAGUCAACCAGUACUUCCAACUACAACAUUGGUGGAUCUUCAUUCACAAACAAUGGGGAAUUCUAUAUUGCUUCUUCGGGUGCUGGGAAUAGUGUUUCCAAUCUUUACGCUCGUAAAUGGACCAACAACGGUUUAAUUGUUGCUUCUCAAAACCAAAGAAGUUCAGGUCUUUUCAGUAUCGGAACUGCUGGUCAAUCAAUUACUAAUGAUGGUCAAAUUUGUUUAUACAACCAAGUUUUCAGACAAAACACUAAAGUUGAAGGUUCCGGUUGUAUUACUGCCGAUGAAAAUUCCAGUAUUUAUAUUUCCAACGCUCUUACUCCAAUUUCUCAAUCACAAAGCUUCUAUUUGGCUGACAGCAAAUCAUCUUUGAUUGUUCAAGCUGUUUCAAGCAAUCAAACAUUCAAUGUCUAUGGUUUUGGUGAAGGUAACAAAAUUGGUUUGACUCUUCCAUUGACUGGAACUGCAUCCAACCUUCCUUAUGAGUACAACACUGAAACUGGUAUUUUGACAUUAAGAGCCGGUUUACUUCCUCAAAGCUUUAACAUUGGUACUGGUUAUGUUACCAGUUUGUUCAGUGUUGUUACAGACAAUGGUGCAGGUAUUCCUGAUGCCCCCAAAGGUGCUGUUACUUAUUCUGGUCCUAUUCCAUCAAGAUCUAUCCCUGAUGUCUGUAAACAAGAAUGUAAGAAAGUUCCAGAUACUCCAGAAGAUGCACCAAGCUCGUCUUCAUCUGCUGAGCCAUCAUCAACUGCUGAACCAUCAUCAUCUGCUGAACCAUCAUCUUCUGCUGAGCCAUCAUCUUCUGCUGAACCAUCAUCAUCUGCUGAACCAUCAUCAUCUGCUGAACCAUCAUCUUCUGCUGAACCAUCAUCUUCUGCUGAACCAUCAUCAUCUGCUGAACCAUCAUCUUCUACUGAACCAUCAUCAUCUGCUGAACCAUCAUCAUCUGCUGAACCAUCAUCUUCUGCUGAACCAUCAUCUUCUGCUGAACCAUCAUCUUCUGCUGAACCAUCAUCUUCUGCUGAACCAUCAUCAUCUGCUGAAGAAUCAUCAUCUGCUGAAGAAUCGUCAACUGCUGAACCAUCAUCAUCCACCGAAUCUGGUGCAACUUCCGAAUAUACCACCACUUGGACUACCACCAACUCCGACGGUUCUGUUGAAACUGAUUCUGGUAUCGUUGACCAAUCUGGUUCUUCCCUCACUACUAUCAGCACCUUCCCAGGUGAUCAAACCUCUGAAUACACUACAACCUGGACUACCACCAACUCCGACGGUUCUGUUGAAACUGAUUCCGGUAUCGUUGACCAAUCUGGUUCUUCCCUCACUACUAUCAGCACCUUCCCAGGUGACCAAACCUCUGAAUACACUACAACCUGGACUACCACCAACUCCGACGGUUCUGUUGAAACUGAUUCUGGUAUCGUUGAUCAAUCUGGUUCUUCCCUUACCACUAUUACUACUUUCCCUAAUGAUGGAACAUCUGAAUACACUACAACCUGGACUACUACUAACCCUGAUGGUUCUGUUGAAACUGAUUCUGGUAUUGUUCGUCAAUCUGGUUCUUCCCUCACUACUAUCAGCACCUUCCCAGGUGACCAAACCUCUGAAUACACUACAACCUGGACUACCACCAACUCCGACGGUUCUGUUGAAACUGAUUCUGGUAUUGUCCGUCAAUCUGGUUCUUCACUGACUACCUUCACUACUUUCCCACAUGGCUCUGAUGCUGGUAAAUCUACUGUUUACACCAAGCUGACUGUCACUGCUACUAUCACUCACUGUAGCGAAAACAAAUGUUCAGAAGAUGUUGUUACUUACUUUACCACUGUUCCAUGUUCUACUGAAGGUGUUAACACUGAUGCUCAACCAACUGAUGAUUCUAAUAAAUCCACCGUCUACACUAAACUGACUGUCACCGCAACUGUUACUCACUGUAAAGACAGUAAGUGUUCCGAAGAUGUUAUUACUUAUUUCACCACUGUUCCAUGUUCUACUGUUGCUGCCACUACUGAAGCUGUUGCCACUGGUGACAACUCAAAUGAAGGUUCUAACAACGGUUCUAACAACGGUUCUGAUCACGGUUCUGAUCACGGUUCCGACAACAGUUCUAACAACAGUUCUAACAACGGUUCUGAUCACGGUUCCGACAACAGUUCUAACAACGGUUCUGAUCACGGUUCCGACAACAGUUCUAACAGCGGUUCUGAUCACGGUUCCGACAACGGUUCUAACAACGGUUCUAACAACGGUUCUAACAACGGUUCCGACAACGGUUCUAACAACGGUUCUGAUCACGGUUCCGACAACGGUUCUAACAACGGUUCCGACAACGGUUCCGGCAAUGGUCCUAAACCAGAAACCACUCUUGCUGUUGUUACAUCACCAGGAUCAACCACUGGUUCUACUCCAUCUUCAGGUCCAACUGUUGCUGCCAAUGAAAAUGGUUCAUCUAACGUUUCUGUCGGUAAAACUAUGUUGUUCGGAUUCUUAGCUACUGUUUUCGUCUUAUUCAUCUAA